CCUUGCCAUUGAUGGGCCUGUCCCUGAUUCGUACGCCCGUCCUCCUGUCCCCUUUCUUGGCCUCCUCGUGAGCCCAGUACCUUGACACGAUGGCCCCGGAAACCUCCUUGGCGUGGCACGACGGAGACAUCGAGAAGGACCGCGCGACCAGGCACGACCGGAAUACUGCUGGUGCUGCUGCCGCUUCCCGUCGAUCUGUGUCUCGAAGGCGCUCCCGGUCUGAGAGCAGGAAUCGUAGGACCAUCGACCCGGCCACAGCCAUCCCGAUCCAGUACCGCAGCCUCUCCCAAGACAUCGAUGAGGCAGAAAGAGACCAGAAGAUUAAUCGAGACAAGGCCAAGGAUGCCGUUGUGCUAAAGUUUGAGACAAUCGACUGGCACAAGAGGUCAAUCGAAGAUGUCGAGAAGCGACUGGAAGUCGACCCGAGCACUGGCGUCUCUGCACGCGAGGCCGAGGCCCGCCUGACGAAGCAUGGCAAGAACAAGAUUUCACCGCUUCCCAACCCCUGGUUCUGGAAGAUCGUGGGAUACUUCUUCAAGGGCUUCGGUGGUAUGCUCUGCGUCGGUGGCAUCUUGGUGUUCAUCUCAUGGAAGCCACUCGGAGACCCGCCGCAGGUUGCCAACCUCGCGUUGGGCAUCGUCCUGAUCGCCGUCUUCAUCAUCCAGGCGGCCUUCAAUGCGUGGCAGGACUACUCGUCUUCCCGUGUUAUGCACUCCAUCACUGCCAUGCUGCCGGAGUCAUGCCACGUCAUCCGAGAUGGCAGGCAGGUCGAGCUCUCGGCCAUGGACAUUGUCCCUGGCGACAUUCUCCUCCUCAAGGCUGGCAACAGGAUCCCCGCGGAUGUUCGCUAUAUCCAAGUCUCGCACGACAUGUCAACCGAUCGGGCUGUCCUUACUGGAGAGUCAAAGCCCGUAAAGGGGACUCUCGAUUCGACUGACGAAAACUACCUCGAGACGCGCAACAUCGGCCUUCAGGGCACGCAUUGUGUCUCUGGCACCGCAACGGGCAUUGUCGUGGCGACAGGUGACUCGACAGUCUUUGGACAGAUUGCCAAGCUGACUGGCCAACCCAAAUCGCAAUUGACAACCAUCGAAAAGGAAAUCCUCCGCUUCGUUCUCCUGAUUUUUGCCAUCAUGGUCACCUGGAUCGUGGUCUUGGCCGCUGUGUGGGGUGGAUGGCUGCGCAAAGAACACCCCGGCUGGAUCUCUGUGCCUGCCCUCAUCGUGAGCUGUGUCAGCGUUGCCAUUGCAUACAUUCCAGAAGGGCUUCCCAUUGCUGUCACCGCCAGCUUGACAAUCACGGCGAAUCUGAUGAAGAAGAAUCAGAUUCUGUGCAAGUCGCUGAAGACUGUCGAAACGCUAGGCGCUGUGUCGGUCAUCUGCUCUGACAAGACGGGAACUUUAACGAGCAACAGGAUGUCUGUCGCCGACUGCGCGCUGAGCACAACCACGUUUACACUCGAUUCGGCCACGGAAGCCAUGGCUCGCAAGAAUAACCCUGGUCUUGAGCAGCUGCGAGCCGUCGCGGGCCUUUGCAAUGCCGCUACCUUUGACGCGGAGACGCUGACCCGCCCAUUGUCGGAGCGACGCAUCUUUGGCGACGCCACCGACCAGGCUUCCCUGAGAUUUGCGGAAGGCCUGGGGCCGGUCUCGGAUCUGCUCAAGGUGUGGAAGUUGACUUUUGAGCUGGCGUUUGACAGCAAGAAUAAGUUCAUGGCCAAGGCAUAUAAUCUGGCCGUGUCCAACGGAAUUGGAAUGUCACUCUCUUCCUCGGAUGCCACCAACUUCAAUCCCAACAGCACGCUUCUGAUGGCCAAGGGUGCCCCGGAUGUGCUCCUCCAGCGAUGCUCGCACAUUGUCGGCGCGGAUGGCCAGGUCAUGCCCCUGACUGAGCAGAUGAACGCCGACAUCAAGCAACUCAAGGACAAGUGGUCGUCCGAGGGCAAGCGCGUCAUCCUGCUCGCCCGAAAGGUCCUAGACGCGGACAGAUUUAUGCCCAGCGACUCCUCAGACAGGGAAGAGCUUCUGUUGGGAGAGUUGAAGACGGACCUGACCCUGGUCGGACUGCUGGCCUUGAUCGAUCCGCCUCGCCCUGAGAUCCCGGAUGUCAUGCGAACGCUGCGCGGCGCCGGGAUCCGUACAUUCAUGGUCACUGGCGACUUUGGCCUCACGGCUCUGGCGAUUUCUCGGCAAUGCGCCAUGGUCACGUCGGCUAAUAUCCACGACAGCUCCGCGCUCGCACGCUUCCCGACGCGACCGACCGACGAGAAGCACCCGUCACAGGACUCACCACCGGACGCCGCGUUGGUCCUCACCGGAAGCGACCUCAUGAAGCUCAACGACAACCAGUGGGAGCAGGUCUGCUCGUACCCGGAAAUCGUCUUCUCCCGCACCACGCCCGACCAGAAGCUCCGCAUAGUCCGCGAGUUCCAGGCCCGCGACCAGGUCGUGGGCAUGACGGGCGACGGCGUCAACGACGCGCCGGCGCUCAAGGCCGCGGACAUUGGCAUCAGCCUUGCCACCGGCUCUGACAUUGCCAUCGAGGCGGCCGACAUGGUCCUCCUUGACUCCUUCGCGGCCAUCGUGGAGGCCGUUCGCUACGGGAGACUCGUGUUCGACAACCUGAAGAAGAUUAUCUCCUAUCUCCUGCCCGCCGGCUCGUGGUCCGAGUUUUGGCCCGUGUUUACCAAUGUCAUCUUUGGACUGCCGCAAAUCUUGUCUUCGUUCCUCAUGAUCAUCAUCUGUUGCUUUACCGACUGCAUUGGUGCCAUUGUGCUGGCGUACGAGAAGCCGGAAGCGGAUCUGCUUCUCCGGGCCCCGCGCAACCUCAAGACGACCAAGCUCGUCAACUGGAAGCUCAUGUUUCAGGCCUACGCGGUUGUCGGCAUGAUCGAAACGACCUUGUCUUUCACCAUGGCGUACUGGUACCUAGAACGGAAGGGAAUCCACUUCGGCGACCUCUGGUUCAAGUUUGGCGAGAUCCCUGCCGACAUCGAUCCCGACUACUACAAUGCUCGUCUGAACGAGGCCAGUUCCAUCUACUUUAUCAACUUGGUCGUUAUGCAAUGGUUCAAUCUGAUGGCCGUCCGAACCCGACAUCUCUCCAUCUUCCAGCACCCUCCCGCGUUCAACAAGGCUACGCAGAACCUCUUGCUCUUCCCGGCCAUCGCUCUCACCCUGGGCAUUGCUGUUAUCUGGCUCUAUAUCCCCACGCUUCAAGAGGUCCUCAGCACGUCGGGUGUUCCCGCCGAGCACUACUUCCUUCCGGGCGCUCUGGGCCUGGGCCUUCUCAGUCUCGAUGAGGGUCGGAAGGCCUGUGUUCGUCGCUGGCCCAACGGUAUACUCGCAAAGAUGGCAUGGUAGUGGAGGGGAAAAGUUUGGAGGGUUGGACGGAAAGUGCCUUUUCCGCACGCACGGCAAUGAUCCCCAGCCCUCUGCUGUUGCUUUUUCUGCCGUCCUGUUCUGUCAUUGAUAUAGACUAUCGUUCUAUCGCCACAGUCUUCAUUUCUCCCAUUAUAUCCUUGUCUCUUUAAUAAAUGUAGCUGCCAUAAAAUGUAAAUAGAAAGAAAUAUACCGUUUGA